UCUGGGGGUCCCGGGAGCCUGAGCCGGGUCUGGAUGGGGGCCGGGAGUCGCGGGCCGACCUAGUCGGCCCCACCGGGCGCCCCUUGCGCGCGGGGCCAGGACAGAGUGUCGCCGAGGGGCGAAGAGCGACCUUGUCUCCCCAUCCUUACUUCCCGCACUCUCGACCGGCUCCCCCGAGAAAGAGAUUUUGAGGGAGAGGGAGCAGAGCGAUUAUCCUUCCCAUCCAGGCUUGGGGCUUGGCCCUCCGGCCUCGGGAGGACGGGCGCGGGGGAGGGCCGGGCACCCCCGCCUGCAGUCCCAGAGAGUGGACGGACCCUUCGCCGCCCUCAGGUGGAGUUGACAGUAACUGCUAUAAAAAGUGGUUAUGCGAAACUCAUGAACUGAAGCUACAAGAUGGCUGACCAGGACCCUGGGGGCAUUAGUCCCCUCCAGCAAAUGGUGGCAUCCGGCACUGGGGCCGUGGUCACCUCUCUCUUCAUGACCCCCCUGGACGUGGUGAAGGUACGCUUGCAGUCUCAGCGCCCCUCGGUGGCCAGUGUGCCUUGUGUUUUAGAGCUGAUGUCUUCCUCCAGACCCUGGAGCCUCUCCUACGCCAAAUGUGAGUGCCCCACGCCACGGGGAACCUGGAAAUGCCUCCUGUACUGCAAUGGUGUCCUAGAGCCCCUGUACCUGUGCCCAAAUGGUGCCCGCUGUGCCACCUGGUUUCAGGACCCCAGUCGCUUCACUGGCACCGUGGAUGCCUUUGUGAAGAUUGUGAGACAUGAGGGCACGAGGACCCUGUGGAGCGGCCUCCCAGCCACCCUGGUGAUGACUGUGCCAGCCACUGCCAUCUACUUCACCGCCUACGACCAACUCAAGGCCUUCCUGUGUGGUCGAGCCCUGACCUCUGAUCUCUACGCACCCAUGGUGGCUGGCGCACUGGCCCGCUUGGGCACUGUGACUGUGAUCAGUCCCCUGGAGCUUGUGCGGACAAAGCUGCAGGCUCAGCAUUUGUCAUACCGGGAGCUGGGCACCUGCGUCCGAGCAGCUGUGGCUCAAGGUGGCUGGCGCUCACUGUGGCUGGGCUGGGGUCCCACUGCCCUUCGGGAUGUGCCCUUCUCAGCUCUGUAUUGGUUCAACUAUGAGUUGGUGAAGAGCUGGCUGCAUGGGCUCAGGCCGAAGGACCAGACCUCCGUGGGCAUCAGCUUUGUGGCUGGUGGCAUCUCAGGGACGGUGGCGGCCAUCCUGACUCUACCCUUCGAUGUGGUGAAGACUCAGCGCCAGGUCGCGCUAGGAGCGGUGGAGGCUGUGAGAGUGACACCCCCGCACGCGGACUCCACUUGGCUGCUGCUGCGGAGAAUCCGGGCCGAGUCGGGCACCAGGGGCCUCUUCGCAGGCUUCCUCCCGAGGAUCAUCAAGGCCGCCCCGUCCUGUGCCAUCAUGAUUAGCACUUAUGAGUUCGGUAAAAGCUUCUUCCAGAGGCUCAACCAGGAACAGUUUCUGGGCCCUUGAAAGGAACGAGGGGACAAGGACUCGACCUCUUCCGUGGUGGGAGUGGGGCAGGAGGAGACUGAGCCAAGUGCCUUUUCCUCAGCACUGCGGGGAGGGGCCUCAUUUCUCUUUCCUCCCCACUCUGAGCCCCAGGGGUAGGCGGCUGCCCCUCUGGGCCCACGCCGACCCCUCCUCUCUCAGACCACCUUCUUCCUGCUGUUCCCCAUUCCCCAGCCCCAGGAAUCAUCACGCCCUCCCCUCAAGUUCAAGACCAAAUUUGCUAACUUCUCCCCCCCCCUUCUUUUCCCUGUGGGUUUGCUGUAGCUGGGCCUGCCUCCAGGAGCCGCGAAACCUUGCGCCCGGCAUAGUUUGCACCCACCCUUGUUAAUUCCUUGCGUCUAAAGAUGAUAAACUUCUUUCCACUGCC